AUGAAAAGGAGACGUAUAACCACGCGGUCAAUUGUCGAAAGUGCGCAGCGGACGCUCGGAGCUCAUUGUAAUGAUGCAAAAGAGAACGGCGAAUAUCAAUCGGAGAGCGAUGAGAUGUUAAGCUGUGGGACAAGUGAUGAAGAUCCAGAUGAGUUCGAUCUGUCAUAUGAUGAAAGUGGAGUGGAAACCGAGGAGUUACGUGAGAUAAGCACUCGGGGUAAUAUUUUUACCCAUUAAAGGAAUUGUAACUGUUUUUCUUGAAGAAAAUAUGUGGAGAAAGCUGACAACACAAGAUUUGUGCAGAGUUUCGUUCUUACUAUCAGAAACUAACUCGAAAAGAGGUGAUCAAUGCCUGGGAUUCCCGCGAAAAAAUCAAUAAAUUUGCAGCUGUAAACGACUAUUUUGUGGCUGAGAAUGUGAGGAACCGGGAAACGAUUAAACAACUUAUAACUGACGGGUCACAGUUUAGUAGAGUUGUUGCUUGUAAUCGUUGCUCGAAGGACGUUGAACGGUAAGGUAAAGAAUGGAAGAAGGAAUCAGUAAUUGGUCGUUCAGAUGUCAGUGCAUUUUGAAAGAGAAAUGCGAAAUCGUCUUCUGUGCCAUCCGCGAUAGGCUUCAAUUUUUCGUCGAACUGUACGCUGCUAAGAUCAAAUAUACUCAAGAUAAUGUGCGGAAUAAUGCCAGGAGCUCGUCUCCAAUGAACUGCGGGGAUCUGAGAGAGCGACUUCUGAAGGAGAACGACCCAGGAACGAUGACAAUUCACGUACAAUGUGCUUUCGACGGAAUCCGUCUUCAUAAACGAGGAAAGAUGAAGAUUUGGCCGCUGACACUAUCGUGUUUAGAUCUAGAAGACGUCGACAGGUGUUCGCCAAGAAGUAUAAUGUUGCUAGCGCUUUUUUCCAGUCAUGAAGACCCAACCAGCAAAACGCACGAUCGAAUUGUAAGAUGGAUUCUCCACAGUUUUUGUGAUGAAUACGAAUGGAAUGGGUUGAAACUUCGAUUCGAACUCGUCACAGGUGUACAUGACGAUCAGGUAUUCGACAUGAAAUGAAAAACGAAAAAUUAAUGCCAAUUUCAGGCAAAACGCUUACUCUACAAUCUCAAAGGACAUUCGGCUCGCGGCUCCUGCCCGUACUGUCUGAAUCAACAGACAUUGUGCAAGAUCAACAACGGUUCGACAAAGCGUACGUUUAGAUGUCAUGUUAACAUAAUGUAGUAAAACGUUCCAGUGCGCGAAAAAUACGAUCGGAGGAUGCCAGAUGCGUUAGACGAUGGCCUUAAAAUUAGAGGACAACAUUCAUUUUUCCACGAAGUGGUCCCAAUGUUUACAACUCCCCUCGAUAUGUUCCAUUUAUUUUCCGAAGGGAUCCACAACAGGUUACUGAACGGUCAGUCUUUAAUUGCUACGAAAUGAAAAUUGUUGUCAUUGACCGCAACGCGACCGCUACGCGUUUCAAUAAUUCGAAUGGUACUGUGCCGUUUUGAACUGAAAAGAGAAUGUGACUUAUUGAUUCGCGGGGCGGGGUGGUGGGACAAAAUAUAUGAGAAAACGAAUCGUGACGAAUGAAACUAGCAAGAACCAUUGCAGAAAUGUCGGCUACAAAAAGAUUACCACUCUUCGCCAAUUGCCACGUAGACCUCGGUACGAAUGUCCGAAUUCCGUCGCGAUAUGGAACUAUUAGCGGGCGACUUUCUAAUAUUACCGGCACCGAAAAGUCUUGUGUACGUCGGAAUGAGUUUAUUAAGGAAGCACCUUCUUACAUUGUCAAUUUCAGAUUUUUCAAUCUAUUGUUGUUGCAAAUGCGUUUCUGGAGCAGCUGCCUCCCAUCCCGUCGGCAAUCUGUCUACUCAUCCAUGCUCUAUUCAGACUAAACAUCUGUCCAACUUCCGUCGACGACCGCAAUUUGUACGGGAAGUGUUACCGCAUUUGCAACGCUCUCCAUUCUCUAGUAACUUCCUUUUGUCCGGAGCUGUUACGAGGAUCAAAAGUACACGUUAGGCAUUGCUUUCCAAGUGUUACCAAAUAACUAGUAUCACUUUACAGCAAAUUAUCUACCACUUGCCCGAUAAUGUACGAAAGUUCGGAAGCCUGCUUCCGCUUAGCACGCAGAUACACGAACACUAUUAUCAUGUUCUACAAAGGCAUUUAGUUUCUGAAAUUACGAACGGUCUCCCGACGAGUUUAAUGAGAAAGUAAGGUUAUCCGCAUGGACUUUUUGAUCUAUCAUUAUUUCAGCGCCCACACUGUUCAAGAACUGAAGGCCGAAGUUCAUCGCAGACAUCUAGAAUACGCGGAUCUCGGUGAAUUGUGGCACGGAGCUGCUCUGUUGAACAAAUUUCAAUUGACUCAAAAGCGAUGUGGCCGGACUACCGAGGUGCCUGAGCGCUUCAAGACGUUCGCGUUUGCAGAUGAGCGAUUUUCGACGAUUGAGUACGUGCGCGGCGUGAAGUUCUCUACACUGCGACGAGCGCAGUGCGACGAUUCGAAAGUGAUUUACUCUGAGAACGGGCACCACAGAUACGGCCAAAUCAUGGGAUUCCUCGUUCACAACGACACCUCCAGGCGCGUAAUCAUUCAGAAAUAUGGAUUGACAAACAAGCAUGUUUUGCGGUUGUCAGGACGGCUUCUGUCAGCCGGCGUACCGCGUGACGUUUCCCAAUCCGUCCUGGACUCUCUCUACGAUUCUGCUUUCGGUUCGAUUGCUACUUCCACGGAUGAAAUAAUAAUAUUGGACAUUCAUCAGCUGUUAGGCCACUCUGUCAUUGUGCAAAGCGGAAAUGUUUCUGUUGUACUGCCAUUUUCCACCCGCCCAACCGCUUCUUAACAAAUAAUCUGCUUUUGUUCUGUUCAUAUUGCUUUCGCCUCUAACGAUAGGCCUGUUGCAUGCUCAUUUCGCAUAUCUAGAGAACGGUGACAAGCCGUACUAAACAAAUUGCAGGCAUGCGUGUUGUUCAAGAUAUGCUGAACGCGUUCAAGCAGCGAAACGAAGCACCGAACACACAGCGAGAAAUCAAUGGCAGGGCGGGAUCCAGCAGCCGACAGUCAGCCAUCCAUCAGAGCACUCCCCGCCGCUCGCAACAGAAAACAGCAACAACGAAGGUAUUGCGAUAUGUUUUUGGAAGAAAUAAGUACACAUUUUGCAGAAACCGGAGCAAUAUUCUCGCUCCCAUCACGACCACAAGGAGUACUCGCACGGUUCAAAAAUGUCCGCCUCUAAAAAGACACCACCUCGCAAGCCGCUUUUCAGGAGUCCUUUGAAACCGGUGAGCUGCAAAACUCACUAAUACAUCCAAAUUUCCUGUUCAGGUGGCACUGGUGAACGGUGAGCAACUGGAAGAAGAACUGGGGGAAGACGAGCUUGUUGUCGACGAUCAAGGCGAGUUUGGAGCCGUCGGGAACUACAACAGCGAUUAUGACGAUGACGACUAUGAGCUCUUCGAAGAGGCAGUUCCUGUGCCGUCGUCCAAGUCCAAUUCUCGCGGUGCAAUCUGCCCAUUGUCGCUAGGAAUCGAGAUCGGGGAUCUCAGCGAGGAAAUUCUGGCGGACAUUCGAGUAAUCAAGAUAAUCAAUAGUUCAUUCAAGUUUGUUCCUGUUUUCCAGAGAAAACUGGUCAAUGCGGUUCGUUGUCGGGUGACCUUUGAUUAUUCGGCAAUUAACGAAAUGAUCAACCAUGGAUCGGAUGACGUCAAAGCCACUUGUCUCAUGAUGAAGGGCCUGAUGCACGUAGUAAGAAAGCCCUUCAAUAUAGUCCCAACAUCUAUUCCCAGAUCGAGGCGCUCUACGAAGACCGCACCAAUUCCCACGGGAAAAACUCGUCAAAAGAUGUUCCGCAGGCGACGGUUACAUUCAAUCCACAAUGCGUGAGGAAAGCCGAGCCGUCCGUCGUCACCACCACCAACGGCCACGGUAAUCAUUCGCUACUUUCACUUACCAGCUCAUUUGUGAUUAAUUCUCAGACGUGUGUGUGAAUACCGUCUUUCAAAGAACGUCGCCAAUGUCAGGAACAUUGCGCACGGUUGUCCAUCACGUCGCCAACGCGUGGCUUCGAGCGGUAUUUCAUUUCAAUUACCUCUAAUAUUACAGAAAAAAGUUUUCAGAUUUUGAAACCGGAAGAGAUGGGGAACUACACCACGAGCACGAAGCCUAUGUCUUCGUCACGAACGAUUAUUCCGGCUGAGCUGCUGAAUGAGCCAGUUCGUGAGUUACAUAUUCCUUAUUUUUGAACUAUAAAAUACGACAUUACAGGAAUGCUUCUCGAAUGUUUGUCGGUGGAAGGUGGCGUCGUCGACGACAUCUCUAGCCACGUCGGACUCUUAUUUAAAGAACAUAUCACUAACAAAAUGUAAGAUUUCCCAUUCAAUUUUCCUACUGAGACAUGGACUUUUCAGCAACCACCAACGAUCGGUCGACAAUCGAAAACGCAAGGGAAAUGCUACUGCCGAUGAUGCUCCUCCACAGAAAAAGUAA